AUGGCCACUUCGAUCGCCUUUGGCCCGAGUCUGAGCGAUCAGUGCAUGACGAAGCCUCCAGAGCUAGUGGCCGAGGAGCAGGAGCCGACGCCUUGCAACUUCAGCCGCAUGACCUUUCGGAAGCCGGCCAUGCCAAAUCUUCCUGAGGAGGAGCCCUUGAUGGAUGAGAUGACCGGCAUGAUGCAGAAGCCGGCCGACCACCCAUUGAUCGAGGACGAGGACGACUUUGAAGCUUUGAUCACGUUUCCCGACGGAGAAUUUGCGCGGGCGACAAGCAUAA